CAUGAACCAAAUCAACUUUGAAAAGGAGUGGCACAAAUUCCUGCUGGAGUACAUCGCACCGAUCACAGAGAAGAUGUAUCCUGGGUACUACACCAAGUGCGCCACCCCUCUGAACUUCGUGGUGAGGUACAAACCUGACGAGCAGCCGCUGCUUGCGCCUCACCACGACGCCUCCACGUUCACUGUUAACAUAGCUCUGAACAGCAAGGAAGUAGACUACCAGGGUGGAGGCUGCCGGUUCCUCCGCUACGACUGCUCCAUCGAGGCCACUCGUAAAGGCUGGACCCUGAUGCACCCGGGCCGCCUCACGCACUACCACGAAGGCCUGCCCACCACUGGGGGGGUGCGCUACAUCGCUGUGUCCUUUGUAGACCCUUGAACACAUCACCGGCUCCAAAGCCAACAGGCCACUCUGCUGACCGCAUCCGAACGCAUCACGGCUCUCCACACCUUCGCUCUUCUCUUUCGCUUGUUCUCAUGUUAAAAAUAAUGUUGUUUCUCUGUUACUCUCAUACAACGUCUGACCUAUUAGCCACAGCACCAGUGCUCUGUGACGAAAACACAGCUGCAUAAUGAACCCGAACAUGUUAGCGCCACAUCAGAGGAGAACUGGCUCCACAGUAACACUUCCCCAAAGCUUCUCAUAUGUCAUAUUAGCAGGAGUGAUGUCACAGCAGCAGAACCUGCGCGGGGUCAGCGAGGCAUCGGGGGGCCGGCUCCCCAGGUGGAAGCUUUACAAAUAGACAUUUAUGGUCAUUUCAAGUGAUUACAUUUGUAUGUCUCCCACAAUUGUGUCAUCGUUUCACACUCCACCUGCCUUGGGAAAGUGCCUUGUUAUGGUGUUUUGGGUCCUUGGAUUUAAGGGAAUUGGAGCCUGGAAAUUCCUGGAAUGAGAUUUUCUAUAAGGUGAAAAAUGUGAAAGAAAGGAUGAUAAAACAUUGUCCUCUUGUGAGUUAGAAAACAGUGAUCUUACAGCGUUGUGUAGCCUGCUGUAGGGUACAUGAUCCAGGAUAGUCACAGAGUUUAGUAUCAUCAUUCACCUGAAAAUGAGAUUAAGGACAGAGGGUGUCGUUUUCCUCAUACUGAUAUUCUGAACAAUCUGUGCUGUUGUAUUUGCUGUAAAGUGUCUCUACUGUAGGCUAUUUUUAUUAUAUGUACAGCACUUUGGCUCGACCAAAAAUCGUUUAUAAAUGUGCUAUAUAAAUAAAACUUGAUUUGAUGAUUACAUUACAAAGACAGCUAAGAAUUAACAAUGUUCCGCCAGAUGUUAUCAGGAAGUAGCUCCUAUGCUAACAUGCAGCGGGAACACCUGAUCAGAAACGUCUCACACUCCAACCUCAUCUCACCAGCUUUAUUCUCCUAAGUAGACGUGUUACUUUAGUCCCAGUUCUGAACUCAUGUGUGUGUAGAACAAUGUUGACAUUUUCAGUCAGAAGCUACGUUGUAGUGUUCAGACCCCGUCACAUGGACUCCUCAGGAAACCACCAGCUCCAAUUUUUUACCAAAGCUUGUGGAAAAUAUUGUUACAUUUACACUAGCUGUCCCAUUCUGUGUUGCUAAAGUACAUCUUUACUAACUUUUUCAACAGACACUUCCAAAUCCUGCUAAGGCUCUCUUAUUUAUUGUGUGUAUAUAUCAUUUGAUAAAGGCCACACUCCCUAAAUAGUUUUGCAAUAUAACUGCAUUUUGGGAGAGAUACUGAAGUCCUUCUCUGGCGCACUCACUGAUAUCAGCUGAGUUAAAGUUUUACAUCUAACGUUGUCAUUUCUUGUUACCAGCCAUCACUGAGCUAAGACUACAACUUGAAUAAAUCUGUGAACCAAA